AAUGAAGCGUGUGAUUCGUGGACUCGUGCAUUCUUGAUUUAUGUGCUUUCCUUUUUUGUCUUUCGAAAAUAGCAAGAUAUUUAAAUUUCAAUGACAGUACCAAUUUCUACAAAUUCCACCCUAUUUUUAGCCGAUUUUUGACUCCUACAAUUUUGUGCAGCUGUAGACCAUUCAAAAUUUCAUAUUUCGACUUUUUUCGAAUGAAACCUUGAUCCAAGGAACCUACAUUAAUUCUUACAACGUGAUUUGUAUUUUUUGUUCACUAAGUCAGUUUUAUGAGUGCUACAACACAUGUGAUAUGAGGGAGCAACCAUGAAGACUCUUCAUAUUCUACCUGGCACCCAUUCUGUUGAUUCCAUUCAGAAGUUGGUGGUGCCAGAAAGACUGAAUAAACUUUUCUCCGCUCAUUUCAAUAAAUGCGUACUUGUGAAACGGACAGACCAACAGUUUACCAUAAACUUAGUAUAUCCAAGACUUAAUUUGAAUUCAGAAUAUUGUAUGCAUGAUGAUAGCGUGAUUUAUUCGGAACUGUCUGUGAACAAUUUCCCAAUUUACGAUGAGUCUCAUGUCUGUCCUGAAAUUACUGAAGAUCAGAUCAUACCUUUAACUAAUACGCAGCAAACUACCAAGGUUACUGUCUCCGUAAUACUGGAAAACAUAUUUCAGCUUGCUGAGUGGAAAUCGAAACAGACUCAAUUUACACCUAUCAUAAUCAAUAUUUUAAGAUUGUUCAUUUUCUCUGCGAACUCGACCAUCUUGUUGAGGAAUCUUAAUUUACCAUUGGGCAUUCAUAGCAUCAUAAUUCAUGAUACAGAUUAUGAAGCAAAAAUUCCAUGCUUUUUGUCUUCCAAUUGUAAUGUUUCUAUCCAUAAACUAAUCAGCCGCACAACUUACCUGCAACUGGUUCAAAAUCCAGAAAGAAUAAUUGUUGGUGGUCUUCUAAGUCAAGUUGAAUCUGUUAAAAAAAUAAUCGAAGCGCAGAAAAAUUACAGGCAGAAAUGGAGCACUCAAUCAAAUCUAAAGCUCUCAAAGCAGAUUUUAUUGAUUGGAGCUUCUGGAUCUGGAAAGACAACUCUAGUUCAAAAUCUUGCGCAGGCAACUCGCUCAACGAUAGUCAUCCUUGAUGGAUCAGAAGUCAUGAACGCUAGUCCUGGAGAGUCAGAAAACUUUUUACGGAGUAAGUUUCAAGAAGCUGAGCUACUUUUGGAGGAAAAUGAAAGUGGCGUUUGCAUUUUACUUAUCAAGCAAGUUGAAUGUUUGGCUCGCAAACGAAAAUCUGAAACACCAGCGCACUCUUUACGCUGUAUGUCUCAACUUUUAAGCUUACUGGACUCGGCAAACAAUGUACCUGGAUUGCUCAUCAUUGCAACAACUGAUAAAGUAUUUGAAUUAGACUCAGCACUCAGGCGCUCAGGACGACUAGAAACUGAGCUUUACUUUGGAAUUCCAUCGGAAAAGGACCGUGCUGCUAUCUUGUCUAUUUAUUUGGAACAAUUAAAUCUACAGGAUGUUCCAUUAAUCAGUAAUAAAAUAGCAGCGAUAACACCGGGCUAUCUAGGUGUUGAUAUUGUCCUGAUCGUCAAAACAUUUCAUCUCAGGACUGCUAGCAUUCAAGACUCUUUGAGCGCAGAGAAGGUUAUAGAUAUUUUGACAGAUAUCGUGAGCAAGCAUCAGGCAUCUGCAUUGAAAUCAGGUCUUGGAGUUGUAUCUACAGAGCCUCUACCCAUGUCAGAACUUGGUGGGCUGGAUUCUAUAAAAAAGACACUGAAAAUUUAUCUUGAAUGGCCCUUAUUGUAUCCAGAGAAGUUUCAAAAAUUGAAUAUACCGCCACCGAAGGGAAUUCUACUUUAUGGUCCCCCUGGUUGUGCGAAAACAAGUCUGGCCCGUGCAUUAGCCAGCUCCACAAAGAUGACUUUCUUUUCUGUAUCGGCUGCAGAGCUCUACUCUCCAUUCGUUGGCGCAACUGAAAAGAGUAUUGUUGAAUUAUUUCACCGGGCUCGAAUCGGUGCUCCUAGCAUUGUGUUCAUUGAUGAAAUUGAUGCUUUGGUUGGAAAAAGAGGAGAUAAAAAUGAGGGUGUACAUGAAAGAGUUCUUUCGACAUUUCUGACUGAAAUGGAUGGUGUGGGAACUCGUCUUGAUUCUCUUCCGCUCAAGUUAACUGAUGAUCAGGUCGUAAGCAGUCCUGGUGUUGUCAUAAUGGCUGCUACAAAUCGGCCAGACAAGCUUGAUGCUGCCAUUCUACGCCCUGGUCGUUUGAAUAAGCUAAUCUACGUUCCUCCUCCUGAUGAAGCAAGCAGACUGAAAAUUCUUGAGGCUGUCACCAAAAAGGUACCUCUAUCAACAGAUGUCAACCUUGCAUUAAUCGCUAACAUCACAGAGUUGUUCUCAGGAGCUGAUCUCAUCAAUCUUGUUAGAGAGGCUGGUCUCACUGCUUUGACGGCUGAUGGAAUGACUGUCAGUGAACUAACGCAGGCACAUUUUCUUACAGCUCUGAAAAAUGCGCGUCCAUCGUUGAGUGCUGAUCAAAUUAAAUUUUACACCAAUUUUACUUUUAACCAGUAAAAUCAUUGAAUAAUGAAUCGUGAUAAAAUCACGGCAUUUAAAUGAACUCACUGACAAAUGAAUGUCUAAGAUCUAGGUGGAUUGAUCAUUGGCAGAUCAUUGAAUGUCUUGAUUUGGAAAGAGUCCCUAUUGGAUUUUAGUGUAUUCUGAGGAAAAUCUUUGUCCAUUUUUCUCUUUUUCAGAUUGACUUCAUUAGGGGCCUUUUUGUUCAUUAAUCAGAUUUUUUGCUCUGUGAUAUAUAGUAUUUUGUUAAGUUUAUACCCCGAAAAUAUGUGGAGGGAAUAAGUUUUUUAUUUUACUUUUUUCAACAAAAUAUAUUUCUGCAAGAGAGUA